AUGGAGCUCUGUACAGCUCGAACCAUCUCGAAUCUUCCUCUCCACAGAACCUUCACUCAAAACAACACUCUUCUACGUUGGAAAUCCUCUCUCCCUCUCAAGCAGGUCUCAAUUUCUCGCACCAAUCCAGGAUUGCUAUAUUACACCAAUUCAUCUCUAAGGUCGACAACCUCUGAGGAAACGUCAAGUGUAGAAGGCCUGUAUGUUAAAGAUGAACCUGAUGUUGUGAUAGCAAAUGAGGGGAUGACUACCUCUGAGGAAACACCGAGUGCAGCAGGCAAGUAUGUUAAAGAUGAACCCGAUGAUGUGAUAGCAAAUGAAGAUGAUCAACCUGUUGAAAAGAAUGAGUAUGUUGAAAGUGAAGUACCUAAGGAAGAUUCUCCUGAGGAAGACCAAAUGCAACCAUUCGAGUUUCUGGAGAAUCUCAGAAUAAAGGUUAAUAUUUAAUUCUUAUAAAGUGUAUUUUGUGCUAAAUGUACUCCUAAUGUGCACAACGAGUAACAUAAAGUUGCGUACUGGACAAAGAUUAGCAUGAGGUUUUUUAGUGUUACCUUUAUUAAUUUUCUUUCAAAUGAGCAAGCUUCGUAUAUGUGUGAUACAUGGAGUUUUAUAAAUGAUGGUUGCUAUGAUGAAUGCUAG